CGGGCCCAGGGCCUUCGGCAGGUCUCCCAGGAGUCCUCCGGGCGGGAGUCCCGGCGCCCGGGAUCGGGUUGGGCCGGCGCCCAUGGCGAGCGCGGCCUGCCCGGGUCCCGGGGACCCGGCCAUGUGAAGCAGGCCCGGGCUGGGGGCCCGGCCAUGGCCGGGGAACGGCCCCCACUGCGGGGCCCUGGGCCCGGAGAGGCCCCGGGGGAGGGGCCGGGGGGCGCAGGCGGAGGCCCGGGCCGGGGCCGGCCCUCCUCCUAUCGGGCCCUCCGCAGCGCCGUGUCCAGCCUGGCGCGUGUGGACGAUUUCGACUGCGCAGAGAAGAUCGGGGCGGGUUUCUUCUCUGAAGUCUACAAGGUUCGGCACCGACAGUCGGGGCAAGUCAUGGUGCUGAAGAUGAACAAGCUCCCCAGUAACCGGAGCAACACGCUAAGGGAGGUGCAGCUGAUGAACCGGCUACGGCACCCCAACAUCCUCAGGUUCAUGGGGGUCUGUGUGCACCAGGGGCAGCUGCACGCUCUUACAGAGUAUAUGAAUGGGGGCACCCUGGAGCAGCUGCUCAGCUCGCCAGAACCCCUGUCCUGGCCAGUCAGGCUCCACCUAGCACUGGACAUUGCACAAGGCCUACGGUACCUCCACUCCAAAGGUGUGUUUCACCGAGACCUCACGUCCAAGAACUGUCUGGUCCGAAGGGAAGACCGAGGCUUCACAGCUGUUGUGGGUGACUUUGGCCUGGCUGAAAAGAUUCCUGUAUAUAGGGAAGGGGCAAGGAAGGAGCCAUUGGCUGUGGUGGGCUCCCCAUACUGGAUGGCUCCAGAGGUAUUGCGGGGAGAGCUGUAUGAUGAGAAGGCCGACGUCUUCGCCUUUGGGAUUGUCGUCUGUGAGCUCAUCGCCCGAGUACCUGCCGACCCUGACUACUUACCCCGAACUGAGGACUUUGGCCUGGACGUGCCUGCGUUUAGAACACUGGUGGGAAAUGACUGCCCACUGCCUUUCCUGCUUCUGGCCAUCCACUGCUGCAGCAUGGAACCCAGCACCCGAGCCCCUUUUACUGAAAUUACCCAGCACCUGGAACAGAUCCUGGAGCAGCUGCCUGAGCCCACACCCCCCUCCAAGAUGCCCCUCGCCAAGGCUCCCUUGCCAUACAGUCAGGGGUCUGUCCCAAGAGGAGGUCCCUCUGCCACACUUCCCAGGCCGGACCCCCGGCUCUCCCGAAGCCGGUCAGACCUCUUCCUGCCACCUUCACCAGAAUCACCCCCCAGUUGGGGGGACAAUCUAACACGAGUCAAUCCCUUCUCCCUACGGGAAGACCUCAGGGGUGGGAAGAUCAAACUCCUGGACACCCCCUGCAAGCCGGCCAGCCUGCUGCCCCUGGUACCACCGUCGCCGCUGACCUCUACCCAGCUGCCCUUGGUGACCACUCCAGAGACCCUGCUCCAGCCUGAGACACCUGUUCGCCGCUGUCGCUCACUACCCUCAUCCCCUGAGCUCCCCCGGCGGAUGGAGACUGUACUGCCAGGUCCUGGCCCGCCCCCCAUGGGCCCCUCGGCUGAAGAAAAGAUGGAGUGUGAGGGCAGCAGCCCUGAGCCAGAACUCCCAGGGCCAGCCCCCCAGCUGCCUCUGGCUGUGGCCACUGACAACUUCAUCAGCACGUGUUCCUCAGCCUCUCAACCCUGGUCUCGAUCAGGACCUCCCCUCAAUAAUAACCCCCCUGCUGUGGUGGUGCACUCCCCACAGGGCUGGGCUGGGGAGCCCUGGAGCCGGGCACAGCAUAGCCUUCCCCGGGCAGCGGCCCUGGAGCGGACAGAACCCUCGCCGCCCCCAUCAGCUCCCCGGGAGCCAGAGGAGGCGCUGCCCUGCCCUGGCUGCUGCCUUGGCCCCUUCAGCUUUGGCUUCCUAUCCAUGUGCCCCCGCCCUACCCCAGCUGUUGCCCGCUACCGCAACUUGAACUGUGAGGCGGGCAGUCUCCUCUGCCACCGAGGGCAUCAUGCCAAGCCACCCACACCCAGCCUGCAGCUGCCUGGGGCACGCUCUUAGCACUGAGGCCAGUGAUCUCAGGCUCCCAACCUUGGCCUUCAGGGUACCCUGUAAGGACAGAGCGCACUUGCUGGACAAUGUCAGCCCCAGAUGGGUUGACUGGCUCUUCUCCCCGUCUAGGGGAGCCUCAGCAUGGUCUCAAUGGGCAGAGCACUUCUGUCUGACUUCUGGGUUUGCUAUCCCGUCGGGAUCACCAAUCUAGACACAGCAUUGCUGAUACACGAGACUAACACAUGCAAAUUAUUUAAAAAUAUUUCAAUAAAACUGCCUGGCUGGCUCCGGGCCAUCCAUCUACUCAGCGCUG